AGAAGCCUUCAUCCUUAUCUUCCAAUCUCCUCCCUUAAUCCUCAGGCGCCACCUGAAAACCCACAUUAGAUUUCUGGUCAUUCCUCUCCCAUGGAGUCCCAAGCAACCCCUCCCCCACAUGGCCUAACACAGAGAGAGUUCAAGGAGCUCCAACCAGUCAUCAAUGGCUGCCACACCAUCUCAAACCCAUCCCCAAACACAUGCACCUCACUUGUAUGUCAAAGGGUGGAAGCCCCACUCUCCCAUGUGUGGCCGCUAGUGAGGAGAUUUGACAACCCGCAGAAGUACAAGCACUUCAUCAAAAGCUGCUGCAUGGUGGAGGGCGACGGCGGCGUCGGCAGCGUCCGGAAGGUCACCGUCAUCUCCGGCCUGCCGGCGUCCACCAGCACGGAGAGGCUGGAGAUUCUGGACGACCAGAGGCAUUUGCUCAGCUUCACCGUCGUCGGGGGACAGCACAGGCUCAAGAACUACAGGUCCGUCACGUCCAUGAACGAGUUUAGGGAGGACGGUAAGGUGUGGACGGUGGUGCUUGAGUCCUAUGUGGUGGACAUACCAGAGGGAAACACCAGGGAAGACACCAAGAUGUUUGUGGACACUGUGAUCAGGUUGAACCUCCAAAAGCUUGCCCUUAUUGCUCAAAACUCUGCUCAUGAUCACCAAGCUAGUACUGUCUGCAACCAUUGAUCAUCUCUCUCUGCAUGUAUGUACCUGUGUCUAUCCAUGCGCAUUCAUGUAUGUGUGUGUGUUGCUGCAGGCAUGUACAUGGGUACAUGUGCAUAUGCAUGUAUAUCCAUGUCCUUUUAUGUGUCUGCAUGCAUGCAUGCAUGUCUGCGUGUAUGCCUGCUGGUGUCGGGGAUGAUCAAGGUUCAAGUGCUGUAGGUUCAUGGUUGGAAUAAGAGAUUUAGGUUUUUCAGUUUUUCUUUUCCCUGUUCUCUUUUCUGCUUCUCAUUCUUCUGGUUCUGAUUUUCCUUCCAUUUUCAUCCUUCUCUUGUUUGUACAAUAUAUGAGUUGAAUUAGCAGCUUCGAUUUCCGCUAAUUAAGUUAUAUGUCA